CUUAGAUUGAGUCAGUAGAUUUGUCAGUCAGGGGUUAAAGUCUACGUGGUGAGGUUUGGAACUGUAAUCCGGUUGUGCACUUGUCACCAUGGUGGAGACCCGUAGUGGGACAAGCACUAGCCCCUACACCAAGGAGCAACAGGAAAAGAUGGCCGCCUUAGUGAGAGAGAACAAGGAGAGGAAGGAGUUCUUGAAGUGGGCGAAGCUGAAAGCUAUCGCAGAGGAGCAGGCGGCAAAGAUGAAGAAACUGGAGGAGGAGAUGAAGAGAAGUAGUGGCACGAAGAAGGAUGAAGACGCAGAGAUGGAGAAAAAGAUCAGCGAGUGGAUUGCUAAUUUAUCGUUGGGGGAAGAUGAGGAGGCAGAGUUUUAUGUGCCCCAGGACGAGAGGGAUUCGUUAGCGCAGGAGCUAGCAGCAAUGGAGGACCCCCUGGAAAGACAAGAAAGAGAGGAGGAGAAAAAGUUGGAGUGGAAAUUGAGAAUGAAGAGGGAAAAGAAGAGGAGGGAUGGAGUUAAUAGGUUGACCGCAGAGGUGGUGAAGGUGAAAGAUUGUAGGGAGGAGGUGCAGGCUCAGGCAGACGCCUCGCCCAAAAUGGAUAAGGUGUUGGGGUACUUGGAGGUGUUGAGCGCAGCUUGGAUGGAGGAACGCCAGGCCAAUAGAGCUCAAGAGGUAGCUUUGAAGGCCAUGCGGUCCGGUUUUCGAGAUUUUGCGCGCGAGAUGGUUACCCACGUUGGAGGGGAAGUCAGGCGGUUGAGAGACAACGUGGGGAAGUUCUGUGAGGGUGCCAUUGAGGGCACCAAAGUAGUAGCCGCUGCUGAGAGCGAGGUCAGACCCCGCAAGGAAUCAGUCAAACUCAAGUUUCCCGAUGCCUAUGGCGGGAAAUCUGAUGAGAACUUUGAUAACUGGGAGGCCAGCGUAAACAGUUACAUUUACUUACAACACAUCGUACAGGACGAUCAGGUCCUGGUUGCCUUCCAGGCCCUCAAGGCCGAAGCGACUAGUUUUGCUAGGUCCCUCGCGCGCGCGGCCAGUUGUGAAAACAACAUGGUCGCCUAUUCCAAGGUUACCCCCCUCCCUCAAUUCUUCAAGCUCCUUAGGGAGCGAUUCGCUGAUCUUCGCAGAGGCGUUAGAGCCUCUGAUAAGCUCCAAACCAUUCACUCACGACAGUGGAGGAGUGUCAAGGCACUCAAGGCCGUGAUGGACGACCUGGUGGCCGUCCCGGACCAUGGGGUGACUGAGUCCCAGUUGGUCCAGCUAUUUUAUUGUGCCAUGUCAGAGCCCCUACAUGGGCACUUCUUUGACAAGUCCCAACAACCCACCAUGACGUACGAUACACUUAGUAGAGAGGUGGUGCUGUUUGAGGCCGAGUCCAUGCCAGUUUCCACUUUCUGGCAUAAGGACUUGACAAGGGCAAAAAGUGGAAAGGUCGUACCAUCUCUGACCAAGUCAAGGCCAAGGAUCACAUCAUCCUUACCUUAGAGGAGGGUGGUACAAAUGAGGUCCCAUAUAGUCAGAUCGAGUGGGGCCUUGAGGAGGAGGACAAUAGUGUGCGACACGGGAGGUCCUAUGCUGCUGUCGCGGCUGGAGGGAGGCCACAAAGUAGAGGAAGAGGCCAGGGCCAAAUGGGCCAGGCCAUGGGAGGCCAAGGGCCAGGCACACAAGGGGUUGGCGGACAAGGGAACUGCCAAGUGGGAGGUAGGGGUCAAGGUCCCCCGCCAAAUCGUCCAGGUUCUUGUCAGUCCCCACAGCGACGAGGUGGAAGGUCACCUCAAGGAGGAUGGCACCCAGGCUUGCCACAAGGCAGGCCCUGGGAAGACUUGGGCUUGGACCAGCGCGUAUGGCAGGAACGCG